CUCACUAACAAUCAGAUCAAUCAUGUAGGGCCUUCGAUCCCUCCUUUGGAAGAAACCUCACCAAAUCCGACUCACAUGGCUCUUCCCUUCGAGAUCCUCCUCCACAUUGCCACAUUUCUCGACCCAAAUGACCUGGCUUGUUUAGCCCUCUGCAGCCAUGUCCUGCAUGAUGCACUGGGGAGGUCAUCCUGGAUCCAGCUAGUGAACGGACCCUGCAGGAACCGAAUUCAAUUCCUCCAACAACUUUCUCAGGAUCUUCCACACAUGUUACCCUGCCGUCAUUGUCAUCGACUCCAUCCGACAAUCGAAACCUCGCUUGGAAGAGCAAAGAGGGCUCUGUGCUUAUAUCCGGGCGAUGGCCAAAUGUGGUCGAUCAGCCAAGAUCCCAAUGCACCGUCGUAUGGGAUCUUAAUAUAUGGACAACCAGAGAACACCGAUCGUCACAUUCGACACUGCUUCUCCAGGAUGUCAGCAGUUGCCCACCUCCACUAUGACGCUCCCCACACAUCCGCAAACAGUUCUGAGGGGUACUCACUCUCGAUCAACAUUCAUUCAACGACAAGUGAUUACAAGCCACCAUUUGUGACCACACAAAUUUGGCCUGCUGCCGACAACAACGACACUCUACGCUUUCUUCAUGUUCAAGCCGCCGCUGUUCUGCAGUACUCUCCCAAGGAAAUCGAGCGCGACGUGCUUGAAAGUAUCCAUAUCUGUCCCCACAUAUUAAUUGCAGAUCUCCUUUUCGACCCGUCUUACCAUAGCACCCAUUGCUCAUAUUGCCAUAUUGACAUUACCAGCGAGAGUGACGAUUUCGAGCACGAACCUUGUAUUACUGUCUUCACACUCAGCCGAGACCUUGAGCUUAUGGGUCGGUUGGAACUUUUCGAACAAAAGGCUAGGGCUUUUAUUAUCGAUUUUCUGCGCGGGUUGCCUUGGUUCGAUAUUUCGGCUUCGUCGAGAUGGGAGAAUUAUAGUCAGCCCGUCACAAACGCUAUAAUACUUUCCGCUUGGGAAAACAGUAAGCCUCGCUUGAAUGAAUUGUGUCAAGUGGCAAUGCCAUUUGUACAAUUGCGUCUAUCGAGGACUAGUUGUACGAUGCUAUGAUCAAGCUGCCGUCCCUGCACUUGCAAUACCUGUUUCUUCCUUAACCACAUAUUCAUGACAUGAAUUCAUCCUUUAUCAUGAUAUCUACAGCACAACCUGACCAGGUUGAAUAAAAGUCAACAAUGAUACCAGACAUGUUCUGGCUAUACCCACAUUCACACGCCAUCAUUCAAUUUUGCAUCUCCAGUUUCCGACAGCAAUUCUUGUACAAUUACGAUUGACCAAUGGGGUCAUACUUAUUACCUACUCUACUUUUUCGUUUUUUGGAAUCAAUUCGUGUUGCCUCUACGAAACAUCUACAAUCUGGAUAUCCUCAUGACAUCUUCGCUC